UAUUAGAGGUCAGUGUGAGUCCUUCUAAUAGCAACUGCUGCAGCACAGGGCUAAACUACACCUCUCCAACUUUGGACACAGUCUCUACUUUUCCUCAUAUAAACACUGGUCAGUGCAGAACAGCCAUGCAGGCUCAGGAAGUCCUGAGACAGCUGCGCAUUCCCGAGCUGGAUGACGUUCGGCAGUACGUGCGCGGCUUGCCCACCAACGCACUCAUGGGUAUGGGUGCUUUCGCUGCCAUCACCACCUACUGGUUUGCCUCCCGGCCAAAAGCCCUCAAACCGCCCUGUGACCUCAGACAGCAGUCAGUGGAAAUACCAGGUGGAGAACGUGCACGAAGAUCAGUGCUCAACGAUAAUGACAUAAACAUGACGCACUACUACAACGAUGCACUCACAAUGUACGAGGUGUUCCAGCGAGGGCUCAGAGUAUCGAAUAAUGGACCUUGUCUAGGAUCAAGAAAACCAAACCAGCCGUACGAGUGGCAGUCUUACAGAGAGGUGGCAGACAGAGCAGAGCAGGUCGGGUCUGCCCUCCUUCACCGAGGACACUCUCAUACAGGAGACAAGUUCAUUGGUAUUUUUUCCCAGAACAGGCCAGAGUGGACCAUUUCAGAGCUGGCCUGUUACACAUACUCCUUGGUGGCAGUCCCCCUGUAUGACACACUCGGCACAGAGGCAAUCGCCUACAUUAUCGAGAAAGCUGCCAUCUCAACCGUGAUCUGCGAUGUGCCCGAAAAGGCUCGGAUGAUUCUGGACUGCGUCAGCGGGAAAGGCCGAACUGUGAAGACGAUUGUGCUCAUGGAGGCAUUUGACAGUGACCUGGUCACCCGUGGACAGGAGUGUGGCAUUGAAAUCCUGAGUUUGAAGGACUUUGAGGCCUUGGGUAAAGCAAACCACCAGACACCAGUGCCCCCAAAACCAGAGGACCUCGCACUCAUCUGCUUUACGUCCGGAACCACAGGAAAUCCAAAAGGUGCAAUGCUUACUCACGGAAAUGUAAUCUCCAACACUGCAGCUUUCAUUAAAGUAACACAGGGCUCACUGAAGCCCAGUACUAAAGAUGUGCUCAUCUCCUUCCUCCCUUUGGCCCAUAUGUUUGAGAGGGUGGUGGAGGGAGUCAUCCUCAUCCACGGCGCUCGAAUCGGCUACUUCCAAGGAGACAUUCGACUUUUAAUGGAUGAUUUGAAAACGCUGCAGCCAACAGUCUUCCCUGUGGUCCCACGUCUCCUCAACCGCAUGUUUGAUAAGGUAUUUGGUCAGGCCAAUACACCGCUGAAGAGAUGGCUGCUGGAUUUUGCCUUCAGGAGGAAGGAGGCAGAGCUGAAAAAUGGCGUGGUCAGAAAGGACAGCAUGUGGGACAAACUCAUCUUCAAAAAAGUACAGGCCAGUCUGGGCGGUCGUGUGAGACUCAUGAUUACAGGAGCAGCACCGGUGUCACCGACCAUCCUGACGUUCCUGCGAGCUGCUCUGGGCUGUCAGUUUUAUGAAGGCUACGGUCAAACUGAAUGUACAGCUGGUUGCUCCAUGUCAAUGCCUGGAGACUGGACAGCAGGUCACGUGGGGCCUCCUCUGCCCUGCAACGCGCUCAAAGUGGUGGAUGUGGCAGAAAUGAAUUACCUGGCAGUCAAUGGAGAAGGAGAGGUGUGUGUCAAAGGACCAAAUGUAUUCCAGGGAUACCUGAAAGACCCUGAGAAAACAGCCGAGGCAAUCGACAAGGAUGGAUGGCUGCACACAGGAGACAUUGGGAAAUGGCUUCCCAAUGGCAGUCUGAAGAUCAUUGACAGAAAGAAGCACAUUUUCAAGCUGGCACAGGGGGAAUACAUCGCCCCCGAGAAGAUAGAAACCAUCUAUAAUCGCAGUGAUCCGGUGGCCCAGAUAUUUGUACAUGGUGAUAGCUUACAGGCAUGUCUGGUGGCGAUAGUGGUGACUGAUCCAGACUUUUUACCUAUUUGGGCCAAGAAAAAAGGGAUCGAAGGAUCCUACUCUGAACUGUCCAGUAGCAAGGAGGUGAAGAACGCUAUUCUGGAGGACAUCCUGAGGCUGGGCAAAGAAGCAGGACUCAAGUCUUUUGAACAGGUGAGAGACAUUGCGUUACACACCGAGAUGUUUUCUGUCCAGAACGGUCUCCUGACACCCACCCUGAAGGCCAAGAGGGCUGAGCUUCGGAGCCACUUCAGAGAGCAGAUUGAUGAACUUUAUGCCAAAAUUAAGAUCUAAACUGGGCUCAAGGAGUAAUGUAGGGAGGUGACAAUCAUUAAGAGCGCACAGCCAGAACCAAAUAGUCUAGUGAAGGGGAUUUACCUCAAUUUUUCUGCCAGUGACUAUCUUUACAAAUUUGUGAGGCCUUCUUUUAAACAAACUGAAUAAUGAAUCUCAGUUUGAAGUAUGUAUCGUCCCCACUUCAAUUAAUGAUUGUACAGCUGAAUUUUCCCUCCUGUCACUGGCUAAUUAGUUCAGAUUAUUCCAGAACACGUCACUGUGUCACUAGUAUAAGAGUUAGGGUUAAAAAAACACAAAGGGGAAAUAUGACGUGCUCAUGCCUUAACUGCCAAUAAGUCUGACUCCUUCAUGGUCAGAAAGGUCCAACCUCUGCAAACAUUUCAGUUUCAGUCAGGUUUAAUUCUUGGGAGCUGGAAAGAAAUCUUAUAAAUAUGCUUUUACAACAGUGACAAAUAUUACCUAUUUAUCUACUAGACUAUUUAAUGUUUUGGUUAUCUAUUUAAGCUGAUAUUUAAUGUAAUCAUUAAACCUGUAAAUACUGUAUCUGCUAAAAAUGUGUAUGCAGAGUAUUGAGCCUGAUACUCUCUAUUGUUAACUCCCUGCAUUCCCAUGUUUCUCAGUGCUGCAGGCUAAAGGACUGAAAAAAUCCUGUUCUGGUGCACAAUGUAGUUGAUAGCCUUCUGGGAAUCAUGUUGCUUGACAGCCAUUUUGUGCUUCUUUUUGGUUGUUUUUCUUUUAACUGCAUGAAAAAUAUUGAAUGUUACAAUACUCUUCGUGCAGUUCCUCCUUUCAAAUUUCAGUGCCACAAGCUGCAGGAUAAAAGGUGCAUUACAUCAUUUGUAUGAUGUAUGCAGGGGAAAUAUUUGGUAAUAUUGAAGGAGCCAGUCUUUCAAAAUGAAUUCCAGGUCCUUUCACAUUAACUUACACUGACGGUCCAUGAAACCAUCAGCCUUCUGAGAAACAGCACUUCAGCUGUUUUAACACACAGCUUUGUUGUGAAGUCAGAGGUUUUUGCUAAACUGUGUCGUCAUGCACAUCAAAUCAUGUCAAGGACUCCUUGACAGUUCAAGCCAUAUUGUCAUUGUUUUUGUUAUGAUAUGAAAAGGGUAACAGUGCAGUUUUGUGCUGGAGUUACGUAAGUACGGUAUCUAUAUUUGUCAACUGUACCAAAUAAAUACUUUCUUCCAGA